GUUCCGCGAAGGCUCAUUCGAAGGCAUGAGCGGCGACAGCAUUCAAAUGAUGAGGAAUGACCCCCAAAAGAAAAAGACACGGGGGCGCCGAAUUGAGAUGGAUUUGAACGAGAUGCAAGACCAGCUACAGCGCAAGGCAGAGGAGCUGCAGCGUGCGGAGGCCGAGUCUGUUCGCCUGCGCCAACGCCUCAAGCUUCUGGAGACGGUCCUGCCUUUGCGCGAUCAGAUUAUUCAGAUGCUGCAGUCGGAGGCGGCACAGCCUUCCAUUGGCGCCCGCGCCGCACCGCCUGCUGCGCGGCAGCGGCCUGCCAUCACGGAGCUCGCACCCAGCGACAGUGACGCAUCGUCUGUGGACAUGGGGCGAUCGCCAGGAGGCGGGGGCAGCGGCGAAGGCGGGAGCGGGGGCGCGGGCAGCUCCGUGGCUGUCGGCGUGACGGCGGAAGGGCGGGCCCAUCAGGGGGCAGGACCGCUGGAUUGGGCGACGGCUGGGACCAGCGGGCCUGGCGCCAGCGCACACCAAACGAGCUUGGCGUGCCUGCACCCGCAACCGCGAGAGAGCGCCGACGCCUUGCUGCAGCGAUUCAUAGACGUGUGGAACCAGGACGUGCGGGAGGGGGCGCUGCUGCUGGCGGGGCAUGACGCGCGGCCGCACGACCCCACCCCAGCCCUGAAGCUGAUGCAGCUCAAGGACCGGAACUUGCCGCUGCUCCGGGCCAUGUGGCGCGAGCAGCCCAGCCUUCUGAUUGACGUCGCGCGCCGCAACCUGGACACGGGGCGCCUGGAGGACCCGCCGCCGCAGCACUGGGCUGCGGUGGUGCGGGGCCUGCACAUGACAGCGGAACAGAAGGCGGCUUGCCUGGGUGCACUAGACCUGUACCGGGAGCGCGUGGGCCCAGCGCUACAGGAGCGAAAAAGUCUCGCGCACCAGAUGUCGGCGGCAUUGGCGCUGGCAGAGGGGCAACGUAAUGCCGCCACUGCUGCUGCCGCUGUGGCGGAGACCGGCCAGCCUACGCAUCAGGUGCCGGGGCGGCUUGCGGGCUGGAGCCCAGGCGGCGUAGCCAGCGCCGGUGACAGCGCGAACGGCUGUAGCAGCGGCAGUCGCAGCAUCGACAUGACACUGGAGUUCAUGAGCGCGGCGGAGUCGCUGCAGCGGAACGUUGGCGCUGAAGGCACUGUGCUGGGCGUUAUACGGGACUUUCUGACCAACGGCGUGUUUGACGAGGUGCAGAUGAAGCGCGUCGCCGUGCUGUCACACCCCUUCUUUCCGGAUGCCCUGUCGGUGCUCACGGCAGUGGAGGAGCUGGCGCGACAAGGCGGCUCGGGCGGACAGAAGCAGGCGUGAACGCCGAGGCACCGGCUGUACAAGACUGUGUCAAUGCGCCAUGGAGCGGCAUGAUUUCUUUUUAUACGAUGCUCGCUUAACCAUAUGCUUGUCGUAGUCGCUGGCGUGAAUGGCUUAUCGCUGUGAACUGUGCGUUGACGUGUCUGCUGUCGCUGCCGCCUUUGGUGCGGCUGGUGUGGCGGGGUUUGGCGACGUCGUUGCGCUGUCAUGGCCAGUCACGUCCUGUGGAGCGAGUGCCGAGCAUUGCAUACCUUGAUAGCUGUGUCUAUCAGGACUGGUACAUAGUGGAGGAUGAUUUGAGGACUGGAGGACUGGACUACAGGAGCACUGCAGGACCGUGAGCGGAGGGGUGCCGGGCGUGGGGGUUUCGACGUGUCGUGUCGAGCAAAUGCCGGUCCCGUGCAGUUUUAGGGCCAACGGUGCUGCAAUUACUGUACACUUAC